AUGGAGUUUCCCGGGGCCGGAGAUACGUCGGCGCCGAAGUCCGCGGCCAACAGCGGUUCUCUGGACGAGGUCAAACGCAUACGUUGCGAGCUGAGCCUGAAGCUGCUGCGCGGCCUGGAUUUGUACGUGGAAGAGAUUCUUCACCAGACUCCCUUCGUAACAGCCUACGUGCUAAGUGACAACAAACAAUGGGAACGCAGUGGAGUUGAGGGGUUUUUGUACCUGCUGAAGCGCAGCAAUGAGCCGCGCCACAGCCUAAUCGUGGUAAACCGCAAAUCGGAGCGCCAUCUCAUGGAGUUCAUCACACCCGAAUUCCAGAUAACGCGUGAAAACAACUACAUCUUCUACCGCGCGCUGUCUAUGCAAACGCGCACUAUGCAGAACACCCGCAGCCUCUGGUUCUAUGACGAGAAGGAGUGCGUCAAGACAUUCGAGAAGAUCCUUGCAGUGGCAGUCAACCGUGAGCCCGUGCCCGGUUUCAGCAAAAAUGCGAAGCCGGACACGGUGCCUCCUACGGCGGCAGUGACGGCAAACAGCCCCCCUGUGGCUGCGAGCACCCUCAACGCCCACGCCGAACCGACCGUGUAUCCGACGCCAGACACGGAUAAGAUGAGGGCUAUGGGUGGAUUUAAUAAUGCAGGAACGCUGUAUCAGCAAAGGGCUAAUGUGUCAGGGGCGCCUUCGGGCCCCGCAGCCUCGGCGCCCAUGCCCCCUGCGCCAAUGGCGAGCACCGGAAGUAACCUGCCGCCUGUCGCUGCCACGGAGCCAACGAGCAAAGAUCCUCAGAGGUUCGUGAACAUGCUGAAGCCGCUGAUACGCGGUGGGAACCAAUCGCCUGCGGGCUAUACGCCGCGGACUUCCGUCAUGCCCCCUGUACACUUCCCAUCGCCGGCGUUCGCCCCGCAGUUCCAGCCGCGCGAACAGCAGCCCAUGGCGCUUCCCACCGGCAGCAUGCCGAUCACCGUGACCUACGAAAUGCUGUGCGCCGCGUGUGCCGAGACGAUGCAGAGUGAGGACUUCCUGAAGUUGCUGUGGCGGCGUCUGACCGAAAAGGCCGCCCGCUACAACGGCUGA